ACCAGUCACCAAUCGACCAUUCGGAGAGGAGUUACAAAACUCCCUUCGAUUGUUUCACCGAACACUGAGAGUGAAUUGUUCACCGCGUCCUGAUUCCUAGCAGGAUAACUUCCGUUCUCUAACAAGCUCCGCAGUUGGUCGGGUGUCCUACCCUAUUCAGGUGUCAAGAUGUAUCAGACUCCGGGCGAUAUGGACCAACUGGCCCAGACUAUCACCACAAACAUCCGCAAAAUAUCCCAGAAUGUGAACUCUAUGCAACAGAUGAUCAUGCAGCUGCAGUCGGCGCCAUCUUCCGACAAUGAGUCGGUGAGGCAACAGCUGCAUCAAAUCCAGAACUACACGCAGCAGCUGGCCAAAGACACCAACAAGUCUCUGAAGGACAUGUCGCUGGGAUCGAAGAACAAAAUACUCAAGGAGCGUCUGGCGAGCGAUUUCGCCGAUGCCUUGAAAGCGUUCCAGAGCGUGCAGCGCAAGGAAGCCGAACAGGAACGCGCGGAGGUCAAGCGGGCGCGAGCUGCUAGUCAGAGAGGAAACCUGAUCGAGCUCUCGGGGCAGUUGCCUCCACCUCCCGGCGGGAGACAACAGCCCCAGGGCGGUUAUCAGCAACAGGCUCUCAUGCUGGAAGAGGAGUCCAAUCUCGAACAGCUCCGUGAGCGUGAAGAGGCCGUCAAGAAUCUAGAGCAGGACAUAAUGGACGUGAAUGGGAUAUUCAAGGAGAUCGCCACGAUGGUACAUGAGCAGGCUGUGGCAGUCGACUCGAUAGAGGCGAACGUCGACAGCGCGACAAUCCGGGUACAAGAGGGCGCGGAACAACUAUCUCAAGCUCGGGUACAGCAAGAACGCGCUCGCAAGAAGAAACUCUGCCUGGCGUUCACCGGUAUCAUAAUUCUGGCUGUCAUCAUUCUGCUGGUUUGGUUAUCGGCUCGUUGAGUUGAUGCCUCCUCCAAGGCACCGACAUCUUACGGCCUGGUUCCGAUGGGUACUCGCUGCGGAAUCUCCUCUCCUCUCCGAGAACCUUCAGAAGCUGGACAAGAGAAAGCUAGACUUGACCGUAAACCAGAGCCAGCUCCAUUAUUUUUAAGUUGAUCGAUGUGGUUCUGCUGUCGGAUCAGACCAUGGGGGGAGUUCAUCGCAAGAUUGUAAAACUGUAAAUAGCUGUCGUCGUCAGCUUCCGGCACCGGAGAUCAAUUAUCAAUCUUAUCAAAUUUCCCUCUGG